GUUACUUUGGUUUGGUUUCUGUUCAGUGUUUUCACUUCGUUUUCAUUAAAAUUCUGUUUAUUAUUUACUCCGGUUUCCUCCAAGUUCCACUGGCUCAUCAUCCCACGGCAGUUUGUGACAGAAUCACCGACCUAACAGAAGAUGUCCUGGGCUGAGGACCUCCUACUGAACCUGCAACAAGUCAUCCAUAGCUCCACUAUGGUCCUCAGCCCAGUACCUCUGGCCGCCUUAUCAGAGUCUGCACGCAAGAUGGCUGCCACGCCAGAGUCUGCACGCAAGAUGGCUGCCACGCCAGAGUCUGCACGCAAGAUGGCUGCCACGCCAGAGUCUGCACGCAAGAUGGCUGCCACGCCAGAGUCUGCACGCAAGAUGGCUACCACGCCAGAGUCUGCACGCAAGAUGGCUGCCACGCCAGAGUCUGCGUCUUCUGAGUCUAGUCAAGUUACGGCUGCAUUUCCCGAGUCAAGUCAAGGUGCAGUCUGCGUUUCCCGUGUCAAGUAUAAUUGCAGCUGCAUUCCCUGAACCAAGUCAAGCUGCGGCCGAAUCUGAGUCAAGUCAAGCAGCCAGUGCGUUUUCUGGGUCACGUCAAGCUCCUAGUGCGUCUCCUGAGUCCAGUCAUGUUGCAGCUGUGUUUCAUAAGUCAAGUCAAAUUUCUGCUGCGUUUCCUGAGGCACGUCAAGUUUCAGCUGCAUCUACAGUCAAGUUGCAGCUGAGUUUCCCGAGUCAAGUCAGAUUGCAGCUGCGUCUCCUGUGUUGAAUAAAACUACAACUGCUUCCGUGGAGUCAAGUCAAGCUGCGGCCACAUCUCCUGAGUUAAGUCAAGUUUCAGAUGCGUUUCCUGAAUCAAGUCAAGUUACGGCUGUAGCUCCCAAGUCCAGUCAGGCUUUCAAGUCAAGCUCCAGAGUCCGGUCAAACUUCCGAGUCAAGUCCCGUCACAGCUGAGUCAAGUCACGUCACGGCCACAUCUCCAGUCAAGUCAAGUUCCUGGUGCAUCUCCUGAGUCAAGUCACUCUGUGGCUGCGCCUACUGAGUCCAGUCAAGUUUCGGAGUCAAAUCAAGUUGCAGUUGUGUGUAUUGAGUCGAGUCACGUUACAGCUGCGUUUCCAAAGUCAAGCUGCUGCUGUCAUUCCAGAGUCAAUUAAGAUGCCCGCUGCUGUAAGUGAGUCAUGUCAAGUUGCUAAUGCGUUUCCUGUGUCAAGUCAAGCUGCAGCCGUGUCUCCUGAGUCCAGUCAAGUCUCAGCUGUGUCUACUGAGUCAAGUUACAACUAUGUUUCCUGAAUCAAGUCAAAUUGCAGCUGCGUCUGCGGAGUCACGUCAAGCUGCGGACACGUCUCCUGAGUCAAGUCAAGUUGCAGCUACAUCUCCUGAGUUAAGUCAAGUUUCAGAUACGAUUUUGGAAUCAAGUUGCGGCUACGUCUACUAAGUCUAGUCAAGUGACGUCUGCAUCCCCCGAGUCUAAGCAAGUUGUAGCUGUGCUUUCCGAGUCCAGUCAAGCUUCCAAGUCAAGCCAAAGCUGUCGUUCCUGAAUCAAGUAAAGUCACAGCUGUUCCCCAUGAGUCAAGCCAAGUUGUUGCGGGUGUUCCUGAGUCAAGU